AUGAUCAGAAAGCAAGGAUGAAGCGAGAGGGGGAUAGAGCGGGAGUUGGAGGUCGCUGGUGGGAGGAACCGCGACAAUCAAACAUGCGACACAACGAAUUUCAUAAUAUUCGUAAGCCGUGUGGCGGUUGGAAGUGACUCGAACGCGCAGCGAUGGCAGCGGAAGCGACAGCGACAGCACCGACGGCAGCAUUCGACCAGGCCAGCAGCGGCAGCGAAUCGUCCCUGUGUGCGAAGGAUAAAGGCUGGUUCAACUGGUGGACGGGCACAUCCUUCGACAUGUUACGCGCGCUAGAAAAGCGCAUUCUUUCCUAUCUGAAAACGCCGUACCGGGGUAGCUUCGUCGACGUGGGGCACUGCGUCGGCGAGGCGGACAAGAUCUGGACGCUCUCGCUCAACACGGAGUCGCCGAACGUGCCGCUCGUGCUGGUGCACGGGCUCGGGGCGGGCGUCGCGCUGUGGGUGCUGAACCUUGACGCGCUCGCCCGGGAGCGGCCGGUGUACGCGAUCGACGUGCUCGGAUUCGGGCGCAGCUCGCGGCCCCGCUUCUCCACCGACCCGAUGGUGGUCGAGAAGCAGCUGGUGAAAUCGAUCGAGGAGUGGCGCCGGGAGAUGAACCUGCAGGAGAUGAUACUGCUCGGCCACUCGAUGGGCGGCUUCAUUGCGGCGAGCUACGCGCUCUCCUACCCGGACCGGCUGCGCCAUCUCAUACUGGCCGACCCGUGGGGCAUGCCGGAGAAGCCGAAGGAGUUCGAAAACAAUGCGCGCAUCCGUUUCUGGCUGCGGCCGAUCUUCGCGGUGUCGAAGAUGCUGAACCCGCUGUGGCCGAUACGGUUCGCGGGACCGUACGGGCCGUCGCUGGUGAGCCGGUUCCGGCAGGACAUUGUGAUGAAGUUUUCCAACGUCAUCACGGACGGGAUGGACAUCUCGAACUACAUCCACCAGUGCAACUCGCAGAACCCGACCGGCGAAGGUGCCUUCCACUCGAUGAUGCAGGACUUUGCGUGGGCCAAAAACCCGAUGCUCAACCGGAUCGGCGAGAUGAAGCGCACCGUCCCGGUGACCGUGCUGUACGGCUCCAAGUCCUGGCUGCUGCACACCAGCCCGCCCGACACGAUCAAGCAGCUCGGCGAGAACAGCUUCGUGAACGUGCGCAUCAUCGAGGGCUCGGGCCACCACAUCUACGCCGACGAUGCCGACACGUUCAACCGCAUGGUGAACGAAGCGUGCCAGGCGGCGGCCCGCGUACAGCCGGACGACGGCACGGCGAAAUAGUAGCGAAAGUGGGGUCCGUCUCCGGAACGCACAAAAAAAAUCGCACCUCCCCCCCAUCAUCACACCAACUAAAAUCGGGAUAUAAGCGUCACGAUGUGCGAUAUGUGUGUGUGUGUGUAUGCGCCGAUGACGGAUUGGAAUUGCGGUGGAUGUAAAAAAAAAACAAAAAAUGAUUCGUCAUUACGGUGCUGGAUGACAUCACACGGCGGGGCUCGAAAACAUGCCGCGUCAUGAUGCUAUGAUAGCGCGCGCACGCGACGACGGUGGCGGCGGUGGAGUGGGACGUUAGAGUGAGUUGCGCUUAGGCCACACUGCUGCAUGGCAGGCACUAGAAUAGAUGACGAAACGGAAGGCGAACGAUUGCAGAAGGGAUUUUUUGUUUGUUUGUUUCACAUUAGCUGAUAAAAUUGCCAUAAUUACCCGGGACGCUCUGUGACAUCAAGUCAUCCGGUUACGCAUACGUUGUUAGAUCGAACCUAUGGCGUUAAACUGCGAACGGUUGGGAAAGUGUGGCAAUGGUUUCACAUUUUGUGUAAGAAAAAUCUCUUGUGAAGAACGUUUUUGGUAGAUGUCAGGAAAUGCCGCCUAGCUCCGGGAGCACUACCGCCGGGCGCUAAAACUCAGGGAUGUUACAGCUUUUUUCUUUGUAUUUUAUUCUUCACUACACAUAGAAGGUAACCAGAAAGUUGCACCGUGCAGUAUCACAAUGUAAGGCAAUAUGGUAGAUUAUUAAACAAAAAUGUACAUAUUCUUUGAUUUAAGAAUGCUUUCCUGCUCCCUGUUUAUUGCAAUGUGAUGACUAGUGACACUUUUGGUUCAAUUUUUAGUUCAUUAAGACGGGAGCGGACCUGGAUAAGAGUGUCUUGUGCAAGCGAGAAAACGCUUUAACGCACAAAACUGAACGUUACAGAAACGUUCUCCCUAAAUCAAUUCCGGUCCAUACACAGUCGUGAGUGAGGAGCCGAUCGUGUUGGAUGGAACGGUAUGAUCCAUCACUAUGAUAAUUACCCACGAGCACAAUAGUUUGAUACUACCUUAAUCCAACCUCAGAGAUAGGCACCUUAUCAGGAACGCUCGAUCGGAAUGUCAAGGUUUCUUCGAUAGGUAAGUUCGCUGUCGUUGCGCGUACCUGGUACGGCCAACAACGUACUAGCAUCGGAAUGUAUGCUGUUCGUUAUCGCGAAUAGGAAUUGCUCUGUUCCUAUUAGCAAUGCAUUAAAAAAAAUCCUUGCAUCAGUUCUUAAAAGUUGCAUCUGAGAACUGAGAUUCAUUGAGAACUAAAUGUUUUCCUGCUUUAUGGAAAUCGUGUUAGCUAUUUCCCAUAUUUAGAUAAGAUGAUAAAACGAAUGUUUAUAAUUAUAGAGGAAUUACCUGUUUACCGGCAUGUCCUAAAACGUUCAAAUGUGUUGUCCGGUGUUCCAUCCUAUUUUCUAUUCUAAAUUAGAUAAGCUUCAAUCAACACGGUUUCAUGCCCAAACGGUCCAUCGUCACUAAUAUGAUGCAAUUUAUGUCCACCGUAGUAUCUUCCAUAGAUUCUGGCAAUUCUUGACUUGAAGUUGCAUUUGACACUGUUCCUCAUGAGCCUCUACUGCUCAAACUCCAUAAGUUGUUGCUUGGCUCAAGUCUUUCCUCAGUGACGUGAAAAAUUGUCUACACAACCUUGACUCGUAUUUCGCUGUAUUCAUCUGGCGUCCCACAAGGAUGUCCUCAAUUUUCUUUUAUCUAUUAGUGACAUUCAGGAAAUUCUCCCUCCUUAUGGUCAAUUGCUUUACGCUGAUGAUUUAGAACAUUUCUUUAAUAUUAGUAGCCUGCAUGAUUGACGAGUAUUCCAAAAUUAUCUGAAUUCAUUUACCCAAUGGUGUGCUAGUCAGUCUAGGUGUUAUCUUUUUGUCGUAAUAGAAAUCCUAUAUGGAAUGAUUAUUAUCUUGGUGGUAUUAUGCACAAUCGCACUUCUCUUGAUUGCGGCCUUGGUGUGUUGCUCGCCGAAAAACUUAUAAUUCAUCAACAUCUUGAAAGUAUAGUCGCUAGAACUACAUAAUACUCUGGGUUUCAUAAACUGACUUUUUUUAAGACUUAACCGACUGGUUCCCAUAAUUUUUUGGUUGCUUCCCAUAAUUUUUUGGUGUGUUUCCACAAUUUAUUGGUCGGUUUCCAGAUUUUUUUGGUUCAAUUGUAUUGAUAUCCAAUCGGACGAUACCAAAAAAUUAAGGAAACGAACCAAAAAUCUAUGGGAUACGAUGAAUACAUUGUGAGACGAGCCUAAAAAAUUAUGGGAACCAACAGGUCUAAAUCUCCCUCUGCCUGAUUGUGACACUCGAUGUUGCAUUUUAGGCCUUGAUUUUCUGGCAAAUUGACAUAAUAUAGCACAUGCUCACUUCAUCUUCAAAAUUCUUGAUGAUAGCAUUGACGCACCGGCACUCCUUGGACCACUGGUAUGUUAUGCACCUGUAUGUCAGUUGAUUGUGAGAAAUACUUUGAAUGCAGUUUAAUGUCUUACUGUGUUCGGAUCUAACGACCCUUUCCUUACUUGAAUUCGUGCAUUUAAUUAAGCCUCUUACCCUUCCAUGCCGUAAAAUUCCCAUUUUCCUUCCUCUCCCCGCUUCGCUCCCCCAAUCUUAGCGUUCGUACCAGCUCUCGUUGUUAGUGAUGCGUAACUUACUUACUUACUUAUCCGGCGCAACAACCGCUUUGCGGUCUUGGCCUGCCGCAGGAGUGUCCGAAACCGCUCACGGUCUCGCGCCUUCGUCUGCCAGUCCGUUAUCCCGGCAUUAAUGGCGGACGACUCCACGCCAUGUUGCCAUCUCAAUUCGGGCCUACCACGCCUCCUCUGUUCUUAUGGACGGCCCAGAAAUAAUUUACGGGGUAGGUCGUCCGUUACCAUGUGUACAACAUAGCCAACCCACCGGAGCCUGGCGAGCUUGAUACGCACACAGUGAGGUCGCCGUACAUCUCGUAUAGCUCGUCAUUAUAGCGGCUCCUCCAUUGUCCUUAUACACAUACGGAGCCAAGUAUCCUUCUGAGCAUCUUCCUCUUGAAAGCGGCCAGAAGGGUUUCAUCAGGUUUGGACAGUGUCCAUGUCUCGGUGGCGUGUGUGAGUACCGGUGCUGAAUAGGUGCUAUAUAGUCCUAGCUUCGUCCGUCGCAACAGGUACUUUGAGGUGAACUGAUUUUUCAUGUGAAAGUAAAAGGGUAAAGUUGGCAAAAAUUCGGAGUCGACUUCGCUAAACCGACUCUGGAGGGUAGGUCCGCCCAGUAUUUUCUACAGUCUGAAAAUGUCUGGAGCCGUCUGGAAACGUCUGGAAACGUCUGGAGUCCUCCGGAGUUGAUCGGAGUUGUCCGGAGUUGAAACAAUAGCAACACGCGCAAAGUGAAUGACAACAAAACACAACAAAAUGAAAUGACUGAUCACAAGCGCAUUGCACAGGCUCCAAUUGACUCCGGCUGACUCCGAUCAACUCUGGACAACUAAGAAUGACUCCAACUCCGGACGACUCCUACUACGAUUCGAGACGGCUCCAACUUCUGGCGGAACUAGUGGUUCCCAUUUUAUCCGGAAUCCGAUUCCAGACUAACAAUAGUCGGAGUCGGAUCGGAAUAGUGGGUGUGCUCCAGAGCUCGUUAUAAGGAUUAUUAUUUCUGUUUUGUUACUAUCUCAGAAAACUACUUCUUUGUUUUUUUCUGAAUUCUUCAUUCUCUAAUUUACAGUUAGCAUUAGAUUAGAUAAUAAUUGGUGUAGGUAUUGUUGAACCUGACUAGGCUAACAAUCAAACAAAUUGAAAUUGAAAAGUUUAAAAUUGAAAUACAUUGAAGGCAACAAAUCGAUCGGGCUGUGCUGGAAUCAGCUCAAGGCAUGCGGGCAGUUAUAUCAGUUACUAAUGCGAAUCCACUUGGCUGUAAUGGGCGAAAGUGUACUCAAUGUUAACCCGGCCUAUCUCGCCUGUAUGUGUGUGUUUGAGUGUGCAAUUGUGCAUUUGAACCAAUUAAUGUAAACUUUCUCGCUGGCUGCACAUUAAUGUCUCCAGUGGUGCAGUGACAACGCGUGCAAGAUUUGAUUUUUCCACCCUGCUGGAAUGCGACACCCGGGGACCGCAAACAAAAAAAAAAAACUGGAACCGGUGUGCAAUCGGGCAGGUUUGGUCGUCCCAACCAUCGAUCAUAAUUAAAAUUAUGCUGCGGAGUGCGUGCGUGACGCAGAACCGUUUGCGCCGGGUCAGUGCGAGUGCGAGUUCGGACAUCGGGCUUAAGGAUGUCGGUUCGGAUGAGCGUUUAGGUGAGGCGUACGGGUUCUCCUCCCGUCCAGAAACCACAGAAAUUCCUUCCGCACCGGAGGGACUAAUUAUUGGCAAUAGACAGUCAAUGACAGUGGUGCGGCACAUGUUCACAACCGAUAAUGAUACUGGCACGUUUAUUGACUCCAUGCUGCUGCCUCCAUUCCUACCUUCCAUUCGCACACCGGAGGGUAAGAAGGAGGAGGGGAUACGUUUUGAGUGUGCUGCUUGUAAAACGUCUUAAACAGCUACGACGGUUUGAAGUGGGCGCAACAAACCCGGGCUAAACUAAUUGCUACUUUGUUGGUGCAGUGUUUUGCAUCGAAAGGCUGGGCUGGGUUGGGCGCGGGUGUACGAAUUCCUCUCCCAUCUCCCUCCCACCCCAUUUGAAAACUGCUCCAUCCCUCCCUAAUUACUACCGGCAGGGCGUGCGCUUUGGAUACACUCUAAACACUAGAAACGCAAAAUCGAACCAGCUCAACCUGUUCGAGACGAUCUAUGACGAUCACACACUCGUCAGUGUGCUCCGAGUUUCUGCUUGACUUGGGACGGGCGUUGUUUUGUUCUACUCGGUGACUUAUUGUUUUUUUUUUUUAUUUUUUUGGCUGGAAGCAGGUGUGUGAGUAGAGAUCCUUCAAGACGGGGUUUACUGAUGCUGGCAACACUUUUGCCCACGGUUCUGCUGCUGCUGCUUUCCAGC